AUGGUCGACAUUGACUUUAGCGCGGCCGACUGCUCGGCCAACUUGAAGGUCGGCAACGGCCUCCUCCUCGGCGUCAACUACCUCCAGAGCGUCACGAAGGAGUGGGCGAUCGGCGGCGAAGGCUACUACUACGGCAAGCACCGCAAGACGAUCGCGUCGUACGUGGCCAAGUACACGGACGCCAAGUGGACCGGCAUUGCCUCGUACGGCUCGCAGGGCACGCUCCAGCUGCACUACCUCCGCAAGGUCUCGGACCGCGUCCGGCUCGCGACCGAGCUCGUGUACAACGCGCCGUCGGGCGAGGCUGCGAGCACGCUCGGUGUCGAGGUCGAUUUGCGCCAGACGCGCUUCGUCUCGAGCAUCGACCACACGUUCAAGCUUGCGACGUCGCUCGAGUGCAAGGUGCUGCCGCAGCUCCAGCUGCUUCUCUCGGCCGAGGGCACACCGGCCGCGGACGACCUGAAGUUUGGCUAUGGCUUUCAAUUUAUGAU